GGCCCGCACCGCGCCAUGGCCAACCCCUCGCAGUGCCUGGAGGAGGGCGCCGGGCGCUGGCCGCCGCGGCCGCCCGGGCCGUACAGCGAGGCGCAGCGGCUGGCGCUGGAGGAGCUGGUGGCGGGCGGCCCCGAGGCGCUGCGGGCCUUCCUGCGGCGGGAGCAGCUGCCGCCGUUCCUCUCGGAGCCCGAGGUGCAGGCCAUCGCGCGGGGCGCCCUGCCGCCCGCCGCGGCCGCGGAGCCGGCGGGCGAGGCCUCGCUCGGCGCCUCGCUCGACGCCUCCUCGCUCACCUACUUCCCCGAGCGCUCGGACCUGGAGCCGCCGGCGCUGGAGCUGGGCUGGCCGGGCUUCGCCAGCGGCGCCUUCCGCGGGCUGACGCGGGUGGAGGCGCACUUCCAGCCCGGCUGCGGGGAGAGCAUCUACGGCUGCAAGGAGGCGGUGCGGCGGCAGAUCCGCUCCGCCCGGCAGGUGAUUGCCCUUGUGAUGGAUUCCUUCACAGAUAUUGAUAUCUUCAGUGACCUUCAGGAUGCCUAUAACAACCGCAAAGUCCCUGUCUAUAUCCUUCUUGACCAGGACUUCCUACCCCAUUUCCUGGAAAUGUGCAAGAAUUUGGGAGUUUGUCCUGAGCAGGAAAGUCUGAUGAGAGUUCGAACUCUUACGGGGAACACGUACUACAUGAGGUCGGGUGCCAAAAUUGUUGGGAAAGUCCACGAGAAGUUCAUGUUAAUUGAUGGCAUUAGAGUGACAACAGGCUCCUACAGUUUCACGUGGUCUGACGGGAAGCUGAACAGCAGUAACUUGCUGCUAUUGUCAGGUCAAGUGGUUGAACACUUUGACCUCCAGUUCAGGAUUCUUUAUGCCCAGUCGAUGCCCAUCAGCCCUAAGUGGCCGUCCAGCUGCCGGAACAGUGGGAUAUUUGAUCACCUGGCAAACAGAGUCGAGUCCCCUAAAGAAUAUACUGUAGAAGGCAACCUGAGAGCAGAGUUUGCCAGACUGUCUAGUACUCCAAAGAAACUGUUGAAAGAACUAGAUCUGGCUGAAGUUACUCCUGGAGGCAAACCUUGUAACCUGGAGCAUUCUUGCCUCUGUGAAGAGGAGUGGUUCAGCGAUAAAGUGGCCAUAGCAGAACAGAAAAGUGCAUCGACUCAAACUGGCCCAUGGGAAGAUAAGCCUGUAGUGACCAUGUGUAAUGCUGCCACGCAGACCAAUGCUGUAAUGGCAGAAACUGGCACUCAGACUUCUGUCACUGCUAGAAUGACAGGCACUCAGACUUCAGUUUUGCUGAAGACUGCAGUGACACAGACAAAGGAAGAUGAGUAUGCAGAAACACCCCUGCUUCACAGAAAGUUGUCUAAAGAAGCAUCUUUGCUGUCCGGAAGGGCUGUAUCAAGUUCUAGUCUGCGAUCACUAUCUUCGUCAUCAUCCCAGUGCUCUCUUGCAAGCUCUACCGGCUCGCUAUCUUCUCUCCGGUCCUUUGAAUAUUCUAGCAGUCACAGGGCAGAAUACUUCCAAAAGCUGCAUAAAGAGAGGCAAUUCCACUACUCCACUAUCAGGUCGAAGCUUAGCCACAUGGUGGAUAUCCUAUCCCGGAGGGGACGUGUGCCUGGAAACUACAUGACCCAAUACAGCGGAAGAUGCAAUCUAAAACAGAGGCGUGACAUCAGUGCCAGCCUGCGCAGCCUCCGGGAUGUUUCACUCUUUUCUCUGAAUAAAUGAUUACUGUGUUGAAUGCAGAAGACAAAAGCUCCAGCCUCACACUGCAGUCACUUUGUACCUGCUGAUUCUUUUACUGCCUUCCAGCACUUCUACUUUUUUAAUAUAUGUGUACAUCACUCUCCAGCACUUUGUUUUAUACUAUGCAAUUUAAGCAAUAAAAAGAGGGGGUUAUACUGUAACUACUUGCAUGUUCCUCUUACAUGCAUUAGUGGUGAAGAUUCAUUUUAAUUCUGGAUGUUUAACCUGAAAAGUAAACUUAUUACUGCUUUCUAGGGUUGCUAAUGCUCUGGCUUUAAUUUAUGUAAACGUAGAAAAAUCUGAGUUAGACUGAUCUUGCUCAGAGUGACUUUGGAUAUUUAGCUUACAUCAAGGUAUACUCAAAUUUUUUUCUUUUUAAUAUUGGCUUUUAUUUCUACUUUAUCCUUGGCAUGAGGGGAAACAACUUUAUAAAAAGAGCCAUAAAGCUAAUUUUAUUCUAAGUCUAACUUCAGAUAUAUAUACAUUAUUCUUCCACUAAAGUUGUGAAUGGUCUGUUGGAGCAGUUGCAGGUUCUUAUCUUCAACUGUAUCCUUUUUCCACUGUUUUAAGCCUUCUGAAAUGGACUGAGCUAACUAGCUCUUCAGUUUGAUCGUCCUCUCAUGCCUUUGUGCAGAUACAUCUAUGUAUAUAUGUGUAUGUAUAUACAUCCUCAGAAGAGCAUCUUUUUAAAACUAAGACCAGGAAGUAGCAACUUAGCACUCCAGGAUAGCUGUACCCAUUUCAGGUACAGCCCUGAUGUAAACAUUUCUAGUAUUUGGAACUAAAAGCUAGAUGUAUUGGACCUGCAAGACUAUUAAUGGGAGCGUAUUGCUGAGGUGUAGGGGUUUUUUUGUGCUUGUGAGUGGGAAAUGAGGUUGAUACCUGGAGUUCAGUGCCUUGCUGCAAACAUACCUGUUGUACUUCUCUUUUGGAUGACUUCAAAGAACUUUGUCUUUUGUGCAACUUGCUACAUGGAAUGAAGACUUUUAGUCUUAGCACUGUAAAAUGAGCUUCCAGUUCUGGCUCGGUCUAAGAAUGUCUGAACCACCUCUCUUGCGUUAAGAGACCUGUAAACAGCUUCUUCCUUUGGAGUGAACUCGGAGGUGUGAGAAUCAUGGAGGGCAUGUGACAAAGCCCCUGUCCAAAAGUAAACUGACAAAUGCACUACAAAAUGUUAUGGUUAUGUUUGCUAAUGUUAAUGUACAAGUAAGUCUAAGAGUGAAAAAAUAAUGUUUUUAGACUGUCCUAUUGGAAACAUCCUGUGUUUCCUGCUCUGUUUAUCCUUUACCACUACUAACUUGGUUUGAGAAGCUGAAGUACCACUUGAGUUUUUGAAAAAUACUCUACUUUCAAUAUUUAAAUGGAUCUUAGGUUAAGUUGCUGUGCGGGGACAUUACCUAACUAUUUUUUAGCAGUACUGUGUAUGUUUGUGCCUGCUGGAUCGCUUCUCUGAGCAGUGUGUGGAUCUUCUCUCUGAGCUCUGACCUGUACUGUUCUUUAGACCUGCAUCUCAGUACUUUACUGACCAACCCGACUCUGAAUUUUCUGCCGACUCGAGUAAGCCUGGGUUAUGUAUUUUCUUAUUUAUGGGCAGGUGUGCCCAGUAGAUGGCACGUUUCAGCUGUUGUUUUGAAUAUUCCCGUAAACAGCAAUGAAUGAGUGAAAGAACAGAAAAAAAUACCCAAAACUCAACAAAGCUGCAACUUACGUGUAGACAGCAACUCUUUAUUCGAUUAACUUUGGCAUUUCAGUCUCUGAAAUCUCUGUGGACAAAGAGGCUUAGCUACUUUUAUAGCUUGGAUUUCAAAGCAGCCACUCCUUCCCUAAAGCUGUAAGGCAGAUGUGCAAAGAGGUGCAGGUGGGGAAGAAAGCUCUGCACUUGCUUGAAAAGAUAUGAAACUUUCUUGCCUGGAGCUGGAACAGCAGGAGCGAAGCAAGGUGCAGAGAGGGAGCCGAGAUACACCUUC